UCACUUUCUCGUUUUCCUCCUAACUCCCUAACGGACUUAUCGAGGUUCAUCUCUUUCUUUCAUUCCUUCUUCUUCAGAUCUCUCCUUCUUUAUUUUCACUUUCUCUCCCCCCCCCUCUCUCUCUCUCUCUCUCUCUCUCUCUCUCUCUCUCAAAAUGCAAUCUUCUCUCUCACUCUCUUUCUCCCCCACCUCCUCUGCCACCACAAUUUCCAGAUCACAUCACUCUUUUCCACUCUUCACUGCCACCAAACCUCUCAACCUUCGUUUCUGCGGUUUCAGACGCGACGCCUUGGGUUUAGGUUUUUCAACUUCUCUCAACCGUAAUCUCCUACAGCAGCAGCUUCCCCGCCGUCAAUACUCCGUAGUAGUAUCCGAUGCGCGCUCCGACGGUGGCAGCACUUUUGGAUCUGACGAUGGCAGUACUUCUGGAUUAUCCUUCGAUUACGAUUUUUUGAUUGGUGAUGCUGGUCACGGUUCUUCUCUUCAUACUGUUGAAAAGGUUUCUUCAGCUGGGUAUGAUAAACAAGGAGUAGCUGAUUAUGCUAAUAACCUUGCUUCAAAAAUCCGUAGUAAUUUGACAAACUCCCUGGUGACAGGAGUAGACAUACUUACUGGUUUUGGUACUGAUGAUACAAAUGACACAAAUGAUACAGACAAAACAAAUGAUAUUGAUUUAGCAAGAGCUAACGAACUCAAUGUGAAUAAAGAUUAUAGCCAUUUGUGGGUUCAGUGCGAAGAUUGUUAUGGAUUAAAUUACAAGAGAUUUUUGAAAGAAAAAUUGAAUAUUUGCGAACACUGUGGAUAUCAUUUGAAAAUGAACAGUUCAGAUAGAAUCGAACUUUUGAUCGAUCCGGGUACUUGGAAUCCUAUGGAUGAAUACAUGGUCUCUCUGGAUCCCAUUGAAUUUCAUUCAGAAGAGGACCCUUAUCGUCUUGAUCCUUAUCAACAAAAAACAGGAUUACUGGAGGCUAUUCAAACAGGCACAGGUCAACUACAUGGUAUUCCCGUAGCGAUUGGUAUUAUGGAGUUUGAGUUUAUGGGGGGUAGUAUGGGAUCCGUAGUGGGUGAGAAAAUUACUCGGUUGAUUGAAUAUGCUACCAAUCAACGCUUACCUCUUAUUAUAGUAUGUGCGUCCGGAGGAGCGCGUAUGCAAGAAGGAAGUUUGAGCUUAAUGCAAAUGGCUAAAAUUUCUUCGGCUUUACAUGAGUAUCAAACCAAUCAAAAGUUAUUCUAUGUACCGAUACUUACAUCUCCUACGACUGGUGGAGUAACGGCUAGUUUUGGGAUGUUGGGGGAUAUCUCUAUUGUUGAACCAGACGCAACCAUUGCAUUUGCAGGUAAAAGAGUAAUUGAACAAACGUUGAAUUUGGAAGUGCCUGAAGGUUCACAAUCAGCUGAAUUUUUAUUCGAAAAGGGUUUAUUUGAUUCAAUGGUACCGCGUAAUCUUUUAAAGGAGGUUUUAAAGGAGUUAUUUCAGUUCCAUGGUUUCUUUCCUUUGACUCAAAAUGUAAAAGGAGAAGAUACAGAUUAAACUGAAAUGUACUGAAUAUCAAUCCAUGCUUGUACUGAAUAUUUUAAUAUGUAGAUUAUCUAUAUCAAUCCGGCGUUGUACUGCAUUUUUUUUUUGUACAAUGUACUGAAUUUUUUUUUUUUAGAUCAACUGAAUAUUUUUAUUUUUAUCA